AUGCCCCACACAGCCCUGCAGACUCUUGCACAGGCACUGCGGGACACAGCACACUCUCGCGUGUCUGAAGUGCUGGAGAAGACACAAAAAAACUGGGAACACGGCCAACGAUCAGCAGCACUUGGGGACCUGGCACAAACGGGGUGCAAAUUGAGAGCAACAAGUUCAGCCGGGGUCCAGACCGACCUGGAGAGGACGUGGACGACUUCUCUGCCAGGGCCUGAUUCCCGGGUACGCGCAGGAGCAAGGGCUUCCAGCAGAGACCCUGCAGCAGCUAGCCCAGGCCAGGGUAAGAAGCAAAAACAACAGAGAGAGAAACACGUCAAACCCAGGCAGGGGACAGGAAACGAGGGGACAAGCCAAGGCAAGGGCAGGAAGGAGAGCAGUCCUGGGGGAUGGGAUGAAGAGGAGGAGAUCGUCAUCAUCAACUCCUGGAUCAACCCCAGGUUCGCCAGCCUCUUAACAGACCCACAGGACGUUCCCCAGGAAGAGGGCAGCGCAGCCAGCAGUGUGGACAGGGAGGCAGCAGAAGAAGCAAAACACCCAGCAAGCGCCUCUCCUGGCUCGCUGCAAACCACGGACACUGUACCAUCAGCUGCUCCCCAGGAAGAAAUUCCUGGGGAAGAGAGGCACAGCACGCCUCUCACUUCAACAACAGCAGCCCAGAGCAGGCCAGCAAGUCCUCCAGCAGCCCCUGCUCUGGAAGAUGAGGGACACAGGACGCCUCCCCUGACACGUGGGGCUCCACAGUCAAAACCAUCAGCCUUUCCAAGCCCCAGUGAGCACAGCACUGAGGUGAUGGUUGAGAGCCAGGGACGUGCCCGACAUGCCUCCAGUGCCUGUGAUGAAGAGCUGGAUGAAGGAGUCAAGACCGACCUUUCCACAGUCCUACGCUGUGCUGUAGCCAUGAGCCAGGGAGCCGUGAGCAAGGCACCAAGUGCUCCCUCGGCCACAGGACCCAGCGUGCCUCCUCCCACAGCAGAGCCUGCAGAAUCUACAUCCUCAGCAUCUGCCUUGGCUGGAGCACUGGGGGACCUGGCACACACGGGAAGCACAGGGAGAGCAACGAGAUCAGCCGGGGUCCAGACAGACGUGGAGAGGAGGCGGACCACUGCUCUGCCAGGGCCUGAUUCCCGGGUAUGCGCAGGAGCAAGGGCUUCCAGCAGAGACCUUGCAGCAGCUAGCCCAGGCCAGGGUAAGAAGAAAAUACAACAGAGAGAGAAACACGUCAAACCCAGGCAGGGGACAGGCAACGAGGGGACAAGCCAAGGCCGGGGCAGGAAAGAGAGCAGUCCUGGGGGAUGGGAUGAAGAGGAGGGGAUCGUCAUCCUCAACUCCUGGAUCAACCCCAGGUUCGCCAGCAUCUUCACAGACCCACAGGACGUUCCCCAGGAAGAGGGCAGCGCAGCCAGCAGUGUGGACAGGGAGGCUGCAGCACAAGAAGCAGAACAUCCAGCAUGUGCCUCUCCUGGCUCGCUGCAAACCACGGACACUGCCCCAUCAGCUGCUCCCCUGGAAGAAGGUCCACGGGAAGAGAGGCACAGUACGCCUCUCACAACAGCACUGGCACAGAGCAGGCCAGCAAGUCCUCCAGCAGCCCCUGCUCUGGAAGAUGAGGGACACAGAGCACCUCCCCUGACACGUGGGGCUCAACAGUCGAAGCCAUCAGCCUGUGCAAGCCCCAGUGAGCACAGCGCUGCCGUGAUGGUGGAGAGCCAGGGACGUGCCCGACAUGCCUGCAGUGUCUCUGAUGAAGAGCUGGAUGAAAGAGUUGACACCAUCGUGGCUGCAGUCCUACUCCACUCUGUAGCCAUCAUCCAGGGAGCCCCAAGCAAGGCAGCAAGUGCUCCCUGGGUCACAGUGCCCAGGGUGCCUCCUCCCACACCAGAGCCUGCAGAAUGUACAUCCUCGGCCUCUGCCUUGGCCGGAGGCCCUGUGGGGGAGGCCAAUGAAGCCCCUCUCGCUGCAGCAGCAGCGCCACAAGAAGAAGGUGGAGAAGGGGCUUCUCCUUUGGCUGCAGAGCCUCUCCAGGAGCCCAGCAGAGAUUUCCGCCCAGCAGCAGCUGACAAAGCAGGAGCAGCAGCCAGUCCCUUGGUUCCUGGGCACCAGGUGGCCAUCGAGCAGGGAGGCCAAGCGCAGUCCUCCUCCUGCACCAAAGAUACGACAGCAGAUGAGCCAGCAACAUCCCAGACACAAGCACCAUCCCAGGAUCUGUUGGCCGGGCCUGUUCAGCGCAGCGAGCAGCAGCAAGCACAAGGUUGGCAGCACCACGCGCAGCGGGGCUGGCUGGUCCUGGGCCACCCCUUCCCGGGGAAAGGCCUUGGAGGGGGGGACAGGCUCGCCCAGCACCCGCUCAGGCCCUAACCUACACCUCUGUGUCCCCCACAGGCAUCCAUGACCUCGCACAAGCCCCGGCACGCCAGCCACGGCCCUCCCGCAUCAGGAGGGCACUUCGCGCGCUGCGCAGGGCUUUCCGCUGCAGCUGCAUCACAGG